AUGAUGGAAUACGCGCAAUAUCCACAACAGCAACACAAUUCUCACGCAGGUUACGCGAACUCUGCCGUCGGCGCAAGUAUCACCUCGCCCACCAGCCACGGCAUCACUCAGCACGCAGUGCAAUCAUCCCCCAUCGCAUCGCAACAGCAGCAGCAACAACAACACCAGCCCGGUCAGGCCCCAGCUCACGGCAUGUAUCAACCACAGUAUGGCGUGCCUCAACCCAGCAUGCAGCCGGUUCCCUACGGCAUGCCUGGAAUCCAGGCUGCCGCAAUGGCCGCCACGGCCGCCGCCUCGGGGUCCAGCUACCCUUACAUGCACCCAGAUCCGAGCAUGCCUCAUACGUCCCCGCGAAUGCCCAAUGCUAAGAAGGAUGGCCGGCCGUCUCCUCGUAUGAACAGCAUUUCUCAAAUCCCCGGCCGCCGCAUGAGCCAAGUCACCAGCCCCGGCGUACCGAGCGCCCCGGGCAUGAUGAACCACGGCGGACCCCGGCCCCCGCCCAUGCCUCCGGCCCCUGCCAUGCAGCACCCACAAUCUCCCGAGAUGCCUGCGGGGGCUGUCGAAGAAUCGCCCCUAUACGUCAAUGCGAAGCAAUUCCACCGAAUCCUCAAGCGACGCGUCGCCCGCCAGCGCCUCGAAGAGCAAUUGAGGCUGACGUCCAAAGGACGAAAGCCAUAUCUGCACGAGUCUAGACAUAACCAUGCGAUGCGCCGACCUCGUGGACCCGGCGGUCGCUUUUUGACGGCCGAGGAGGUGGCGGCUAUGGAAUCCAAGGGAGAACUAGAUCCCAGCGGCAAGGGCCCUGAAGAUGUCUCACCCUCAAAGUCGUCUGAAACCUCGAGCGGCAAGCGCAAGUCGGAAUCUGGACCCUCAACUUCGAGCAAGAAGCCCAAAACGCAAGCCGAGAGCGCCGAAGGGAACCCAGAAGACGACAGCUAA